AUGUUCUCGGUUAAACAAGCUAGAAAAGACCUCGAAGAUGCCAAAUGGGCCGAUGUGCCGAAUGAUCCGGAGCUUGUUUGGAAUAGUUGGGCUACGCCUAAAGGUAAUCUUCUUCUUUGGAGGGCCCUUAUCGGUAGAAUCGCAUCUAGGGAGGGGUUGGCUCGCAUAGGGGUUUCGGUGGCUGACGUCGGGUGUCCCCGUUGUGGGCUCGAAGUAGAAAGCCAAGAUCAUAUUUUUUGUAACUGCUUGUGGACUAGAUGUAUUUGGUGGAAUGUUUUGGCCUGGACCCGUAUUCGAUUUCCGGAGGAUUGUUCGUCACUUUUGGAUUUUGUGAGGAAUGUUAAAGAGAGUCCGGGAAGUAGCGUAUGGAAGCGUUUAGUGUAUACUAUUCUCAUAGCCACAAUUUGGAGAAUAUGGAGUGCGAGAAAUGCGAUGGUCUUUGAAGGGUUUUUUAUCCCUAUUAUGAAGACGGUGGAGUUGAUAAAGGAAGACUCUUUCCUUUGGAUCUGUAAUAGAGCAAAGAUCAAGAAGCCGGUUUGGGAGAAAUGGGUAAUUUUUGAUGUGUUAGACAUUAUGCAAUUCGUUGUGUUUCCUUUCUUGUUUUUGCUUGUUCUGUGUUUUCUCCCAGUUUCUAGUUUCUUGCUGACUCUUUAUAUUUAUAUAUAA